AUUCCGCAAACAUUUCCUAUCUUUCUCAUAUCGGUUGCUAUCACCAGUAUACUUGCUAUCACCAGUAUACUUGCUAUCCAGAAUGAGGGUUUCCGCUACCAGAACCGUGUCAGUAAUGGCGGCCGUCUCCACUGCACUUGGUGCAGUUGUCUACUACGAGCCUCUCACAGCCUACCUCCCGCUCUCAGUGAUCUCUGAUCCAAACCAGAUCAAGUCGCAGAAACAGGAGAGCAGUUCAUGGUGGUACUCACUAUUUGGUUCCUGGGGCAGAUCCAGGUCAGCGAGAAAGGAAAUACCGGCAGUGGCCUCACCUGCCGCAGUACUGCCCGCCCCAGGAGCGUUUGCGCAACCCGCCAUACCCAGUCCUGUGCCAAACUCUAAUAUCCAGGGGUCUACACUGGCCGAACUUCCCAGGACAAAGCAAGAGAUGUCGGAGGCUGAUGUGACAAACCUCAUCGUGAGUCUGUCUGGCCCCGUGCGCCAGUAUCUGCUGCGGGCACUGACGGGCUACCAGAAGAUAUUAAAGACCAUCGACCCGAAGAGCAUUGCUAAUGUGAUCCGUGGUCCUUUGGCCAAUCUGCGGAAGAACCUGGAGGCACUGCUUUCCGAGCCUGCACCCCAGCCGCCACCACAUAGCAAAGCAUAGGUGUCAGGAGGUAUGUGUCUAGAAUAUAGGGGUCUUCCGGGCGACUCGCCGGGCUUAAACGACGAAUAGCUUUUUUAUUUAAAUUUUUAGGUGUUUCACGAUAUCAUUUUCUGGUGCAAUUCACAUGCAUUUUAUUCAGCAGUUCACCACGCUUCAGUCCUCAGGGUCCACUCGACAGCACGCACCACUCUGCUGUGUGCCGCUUAGCCUAAGCCGGAAGCAAGGCCGUCUCUAAUCGCCUGAU